AUGCUUUCUCCUCCUCCCGCCACCCCCUCUCCGCCUCUCACCACGCCUUCUCCUCCUCCCGCCAUGCCUUCUCCUCCUCCUGCCACCCCCUCUCCUCCUCCCACCAUGCCUUCUCCCCCUCCCGCCAUGCCUUCUCCUCCUUCCGUCAUGCCUUCUCCUCCCGCCAUGCCUUCUCCUCCUCCCGCCACCCCCUCUCCGCCCCUCGCCACGCCUUCUCCUCCCCUCGCCAUGCCUUCUCCUCCUCGCACCAUGAUUUCUCCUCCUCCCACCAUGCCUUCUCCUCUUCCCGCCAUGCCUUCUCCUCCUCCCGCCACCCCCUCUCCGCCCCUCGCCACGCCUUCCCAUCCUCCCGCCAUGCCUUUUCCUCCUCGCACCAUGAUUUCUCCUCCUCCCACCAUGCCUUCUCCUCCUCCCGCCAUGCCUUCUCCUCUUCCCGCCACCCCCUCUCCUCCUCCCUCAUCUCCUCCCCUGCUUCCCACCAUUUCACCGCCGGCUUUCCCUAAUUCCCCCCUCUGCUCCUCUUUCCCCAUCUCCUCAACUUUCCCACCUCCGCUCUUUUUUCCCCUCUGCUUCUCUUCUCCCCCUCUUCUCUUUUUCCUCACUGCUACUCUUUCCCCCCUCUGCUCCUCUUUUUCCCCCCUACUCCACUUUCCCCCUUUGCUCCUCUUUCACUCUCUGCUCCUCUUUUGCCCCUAUGCUCCUCUUUCCCUCUCUGCUCCUCUUUACCCCCUAUGCUCCUCUUGUCCCCCUCCGGUCAUUUCCCCCCCUCUGCUCAUUUUACCCCACUCUGCUCAUCCCUUCCCUUACUGCACCUCUUUCCACCCACUGCUCCUCCUUUCCCCCUCUGCUCCAGUUUUCCCCCCUGCUCUCAGUUUUCCUGCUCUGCUCCUCUUACCCUCUCUGCUCCUCUUUUCCCCCCCAAAUCCUCCUUCCCAUCCGCACUUCCCCCGUCCCCUCUUAUUCAGUUCCCUUUCCCGCCAGCAUUUUUUAAGCCCAAUCACGAUAACCUACUUUACGGUCUCCCCUCUCCUUCCUGCCCUUUAUCUACAUUCCCACUCGUCCGUCCCUUCUUUGCUCUCCUCGUGCCGUCCCUUACCUCGGCCGGUUGCCCUUGCUGUCGUUCAAUUCCACACCCCCCUGCAUAGCCAACUCAAUUCGGACCCAGCCUUACCCCCCCACCCCGUCCCUUUCACUGCCUAA